AUGAUGCACUACGACGAUAUUCUGAAAAACAUUAUUGGGGAGUUGGGAACCCAUCAAAAGAUAUGCUUCUUUCUACUUGGUAUAUCAACAGUACCGGUAAUGCUUAUCAUCAUGUCACCGGUGUUCCUGUUUCCACCAGUUGAUACUUGGUGCAAGUAUCCUGAUAGUAAUGAACUGAGACAACAUAUGUGUAUAAACAAUUCCACUGGUAACUGCGAUGAGCUGGUGAAGAAUCUAAUGAUACCAAAAGAGAAGAAGGUUGCAGGAUGUGAAACACAAUUAAAGAACGAACAAUGUCAUCGCUAUAACAUAUCAUUUGAUUACGUUUCGUAUUAUCCCGAGGCAAAUAUAUAUAGCUAUAUUAAUCAAACUGGUAAAAUUGAAUGCGAUCACGGUUGGGAAUAUGACAGAUCGCAGUACAAGUCAACAGUCACUGGACAGUUUGAUUUGGUGUGUGAUCGAUUUUAUCUCAAUGCAUUAGCUUCUUCAAUAUUCAUGCUAGGAUUUCUUGUCGGUUCUCUUGUCAGUGGAUACGUUCUUGACAGAUUCGGUCGUAUGAAAGGAUUUAUGCUGACUAAUGGCGGAGUUAUAAUAUUUGGUAUCAUAGAAGCAUUUUCUCCUAAUUAUGUUGUUUUCGUCGUGGUCCGAUUCUUUCUAGCAAUGUGCACUAUAGGGCGUUAUAUUUCAUCUUUUGUCCUCGUUUGCGAAUAUGUAGGACCGACCAAGCGUACAAUAUGUGGGAUGAUAUAUCCCAUGUUUCUUAGCACUGGUAUUAUGAUACUUGCCUUAGAGGCAUACUUCAUACGCCAUUGGAUAACACCCGAAUCCCCAAGAUGGUUGAUAUCAAAGGGUCGCAUGCAAGAAGCCGAAAUGACUAUAAGAAAGAUUGCAAAAAUAAACAACGUGACUGAGUAUAGAGAUCUGCUUAGUGAAGCCUUCCAGCUCGAUGCGAAACUGAAUCAGGACGUAUCGAAUAAGCGGGACCAGUUAAACUAUGGCGCAGUAGAUCUGUUGAGAUACCCAAAUAUGAGAAAAAAAACAGUAAUAAUGUUUUACAGCUGGAUCACUGCUACUCUGGUGUAUUAUGGGAUAUCGUUUGAUACAUCUAGCCUAGGUGGUAAUCCAUAUGUGAAUACUUUCAUCUCUGGUGCGGUGGAAAUCCCCGCCUAUGCUCUUGGAAUGGUCAUGAUGAAAACUCCUAGAAUCGGUCGUCGUGGUUCGUUGUUUGCCCUCUUCACCUUUGGAGGCGUGGCAUGCAUUGGAUUGGCAUUCGUUCCAGCAUGCGGGGAUUUAGUUUGGUUGGGGAUAACACUAGCUAUGCUUGGAAAGUUUGGUAUUGCAUCAGCGUUUGGAAUGGUUUACGUCUAUUCGGCGGAGUUAUUUCCUACCCCACUAAGAUCUACUGGUGUAGGCAUGUGCUCACUGUUUGCACGCAUUGGUGGUAUACUUGCCCCACAACUGAUACUUAUGGGUACAGUUUGGAAACCACUUCCACCAAUUGUAUUCGGUGUUACAUCAAUCUUUGCAGGUAUUCUGAUUUUAACUUUGCCUGAAACUUUGGGAACGAAAUUGCCAGAAACACUCGAAGAAGCGGAGGAGUUUGGAAAAAAACAACGUCAUAAGGUACAUCUUGUAUCUUAUGAUGGGUAUGGCGAAAUAAGAAAAAUCAAUGGAAACAAAGAGUAUGACAUAGCCAGCGUAUAA